ACGUAUUUACUCUCUCUCUCUCUCUUUCUUACUGUUUCUAUAUAUGGAUAUAUAUGCACAACACCAAAGUGUGUCUCUAAGCUAAAGCUAAGGGAAAUAGUAAUAAUAAUAAAUGAUAAAAAUGAUGAUGACGAUGAGGAGUGAGAGCAUUGUGAGCUUAGUUUACGUUGCGGAAGUGGUGAUGGUGGUGGUGGUGGUGGUGAUAUGGGCCAUAAGAGCGUUGAAUUGGGCCCUGUGGAGGCCCAAGAGGAUCGAGCGGACCCUCCGGGCUCAGGGCCUGAAGGGCUCGCCCUACCGGCCGAUCUCCGGCGACGUCAACGACAACGACCGGCUCAACAGGGCUGCCCGGUCGAAGCCGGCCCCGCUCCACCACCGCAUCGUCCCCCGCGUCACGCCGUUCGUCGACCGCGCCAUGGCGCGAUACGGUAAAACAUCGUUCACUUGGUUCGGGCCGCACCCGAGAGUGACUCUAAUGGAUCCGGAGCUGGUGCGAGAAGUGCUGUCGGAUAAAUCCGGCUGCUUGCAGAAGCCCAGAAAUCCCCUGGCGAGGCUUCUGGCAUCCGGACUCGCAGCUUAUGAAGGUCAGAAGUGGACCAAACACAGAAGAAUCAUCAAUCCUGCUUUUCACUUGGAAAAACUGAAGCACAUGAUGGCCGCAUUUUCGCUCUGCUGCGACGAGCUGAUCGAUAGGUGGGACGGGCUCAUCGGUGGUAGAGGGUCGGGCGAAGUAGACGUGUGGCCCGAGCUGCAGAGCUUCACCGGAGACGUGAUUUCCCGAGCUGCGUUUGGGAGCAGCUACCGCGAGGGGCGGCGCAUUUUCGAACUGCAGGAAGAGCAAGCUCCGCUUGUCAUGGAAGUGCUUCAAAGCCUAUACAUCCCUGGCUACAGAUACUUACCAACCAAGAAGAAUAAGAAAAUGAUGGCAAUAAGCAAAGAGGUUGGAGAUAUACUAAGAAGCAUGAUUGAGCAAAGAGUGCAAGCCACAAGAAAGGGAGAAGCCAAAAACAAUGAUCUAUUGGGCUUAUUACUAGAAUCGAAUAUGACGGACUAUCCAGAUACUAGAGGAUACAGAAACAAUAUGACCAUCGAAGAAGUGAUCGAAGAGUGUAAGCUAUUCUACUUCGCGGGGCAAGAGACGACGUCGGUCCUUCUCACGUGGACGAUCAUCGCGCUUAGCAUGCAUCCCGACUGGCAAGCGCGCGCCAGGGACGAGGUCUCGCAAGUGUUUGGGAAAAAUAAGCCGGAUUACGAGGGAUUAAACAGGCUAAAAGAUGUGACAAUGGUGUUGCAUGAGGUUCUUAGACUAUACCCUCCGGCAAGCAUGUUGAUAAGAGAAACUACAAAGGAAAUGCAGGUCGGAAAUAUCACCUUUCCGGCGGGGGUGCACCUCGUGUUGCCGAUACUGUCGAUGCAUCACGACGCAGAAUUCUGGGGGCCUGACUCGACCGAGUUCAGGCCCGAUCGGUUUGGCGAGGGGAUCUCGAAGGCGUCGAAGGUUCAGGGCGUCUUCUUCCCAUUCGGCCGAGGCCCUCGGAUUUGCAUUGGCCAAGGUUUCGCUUUGCUCGAAGCGAAGAUGGCGCUAUCGAGAAUUCUCCAACAAUUCUCCUUCGAGCUUUCGCCUUCUUAUGCUCAUGCUCCUUACACUGCUAUAACUCUGCAUCCUCAGCAUGGCGCUCAAAUCAUUUUUCACAGGAUUUAGAAAUUUAUUUGGCUAGGCGGAAAUUUCUGAAAAUUGAUGUUUGAAUAAAAUUGUCAGAAAUUGAAAACACUAUCUAUCAUCUUUUAAUGUAUGAAUAAAAUGUGGCUUUACUUCUAUUA